GAGCAGAGCUGAAUUGAGUUGAGUUGUAUAGAGUAGAUCGCCAAAUUUUAACAGGAUGUGAAUCAGGCUCGCACAUAGAAAAUGACGAUACGUGUCUGCCUUCUCCUUCUCCGCCCAGUUGCCAUUUAACUCCCUCUUCCCCCAACUCCUACUCCUACUCCUACUCCUAUAUUCAAUUCAUUUCAUUCCAUUCCAUCCCAUUCCCUAUCCUCCAUUCCUUUAUUUUAUCAUGACUCCUUCCCUUGGAGAUACCGCCGAUAAUACAGUCUCCGCCGCCGCUACCGGAGGAGGAGCUAUGCCGCCUGUCACUGUCACCUCCAGAGUCACGGUGGUCGGCAGCGGCAAUUGGGGAAGCGUCGCCGCCAAACUCAUCGCUUCCAACACGCUAAAGCUCGACUCUUUCCAUGAUGAAGUGAGAAUGUGGGUAUUUGAAGAGACACUUCCAACGGGUGAAAAACUCUCAGAAGUAAUCAACAGAGCUAAUGAGAAUGUCAAGUAUCUUCCAGGCAUAAAGCUCGGUAAAAACGUCGUUGCAGACCCUGAUCUCGAAAGUGCAGUGAGGGAUGCCAACAUGUUAGUGUUUGUGACACCUCAUCAGUUUAUGGAGGGCAUUUGUAAACGCCUGGCGGGGAAGAUAAGGGAUGAUGCAGAAGCAAUCUCUCUCAUCAAAGGAAUGGAGGUGAAGAGGGAAGGGCCAUGUAUGAUCUCUUCCCUCAUAACCGAAUUGCUUGGGAUUAAUUGUUGUGUUCUGAUGGGUGCCAACAUUGCCAACGAGAUUGCAGUAGAGAAAUUUAGUGAGGCUACGGUUGGAUAUAGGAGAAGCAGAGAGACUGCCGCAAAAUGGGUGCAGCUGUUCAAUCAUCCAUACUUUAUGGUCUCAGCAGUCGAAGAUGUGGAAGGAGUCGAGCUAUGCGGAACACUAAAGAAUGUGGUGGCUCUUGCAGCAGGAUUUGUGGAUGGGUUGGAGAUGGGAAAUAACACCAAGGCUGCAAUCAUGAGAAUUGGUUUGAGAGAAAUGAAAGCUUUCUCGAAGCUACUCUUCCCUUCAGUCAAAGACAGCACCUUCUUCGAGAGUUGCGGCGUGGCAGACUUAAUCACAACCUGCUUGGGAGGAAGAAACAGAAAAUGUGCAGAGGCUUUUGCUAGGAACGGCGGAAAGAGAUCAUUGGAUGAGCUAGAAGCAGAGAUGCUGCAAGGCCAGAAACUACAGGGUGUGUCGACUGCAAAGGAAGUUUAUGAGGUGUUGAACCAUAGGGGUUGGCUGGAGCUCUUUCCACUCUUCAAAACUGUCCAUGAGAUCUGCAUUGGCCGUCUGCCUCCAACAGCCGUAGUGGAGUACAGCGAGCACACUCCGAACUACUCCCUGGUGGAAGGAUCUGCACAGUAUUUCUGAAACCACAGUCUCAAGCAUCCUAUACUGAUGUGUGUCAAACUCUGUCUUGUGUCCGAAACAGAAAACACUAGUGCUUAGGUUUGAACUCUAUAUUGUGGUCAAAAUAUCUGCUAUUUUGGCAUUGCCAUGGCAUCCAUCUUGUUGUGCCUAUGCAGUUUCAACGAUUGCUUUUGCAUGCUCUCAGGAAUUUGACAAUUUUAACUAUUUUCAUUC